CAAAAAUAUCCGAACUCCAUCAAUAUAAUAUAUUCAUAGACAUAUGAACUAAUAAUACUCAGCCUUAGUAUUAAGGGCAAACCCCUGGUGCAGAGUAACAACCUCUGCAGUGUGCAGCUCUUGCUUAUUCCAGCGGUUCUCAAAACAUCGUUUAGAAGGGGAGACGUCCAAUUCAGGGUGUAGAGAAAAUGGCAAAAUCCAUAAACGCGCACAAUCUCCGGCAACACUGGAUCAACAAACAUGAAAUCGCGCUCCUCGACAUCCGCGAAGAAGGCCCGUACGCGCAAUCCCACCCCCUCUUCGCCAUAAGCGUGCCCGUCUCGGAAAUCGAAAAGAAACUACCUGCACUAAUCCCACGCUUAUCAGUGCCUAUCGUCGUCUACGACUCCGGCGAGAACUACACUGAGCGAGCCGCAGCCCGGAUCUUAGCGCUGGGAUACCGCGAUGUUUCUGUCCUGGAAGGCGGGCUGGCUGGGUACGCGCGCGUUGGCGAGGUGUAUCGCGAUGUGAAUGUCCCGUCCAAGGCGUUUGGCGAGCUGGUGGAAGCGAUCAACCACACUCCCUCGCUACCCGCGCAGCAAGUAAGAGAGCUUCUAGACCGGCAAGGGAAUGGUGAUGAUGUGGUUGUGCUGGACGCCAGGCGCUUCGAGGAGUAUACCACUAUGAGCAUCCCGCAUGGCCGUAGCUGUCCCGGCGGAGAAUUGCUCUAUCGGUUUUUCGAAGCCGUGCCAGACCCCAAAACGACUGUCGUCGUGAAUUGUGCUGGCCGAACACGGAGUAUCGUCGGUACGCAGUCUCUCAUCAAUUCGGGCGUUCCGAAUAAAGUCGUUGCGCUGCGCAAUGGGACCAUUGGAUGGACAUUGGAAAGCUUAGAACUAGACACGAACAGGACAGAGCGGGUAGCACAGCCUUCAAGCGAGGCAUACCAAAAGGCGCGGCGGUAUGCUGAGGCCUGGGCUGGGCGUGUUGGCGUUGAGGUGAUUGAUGGUGAGCAGCUAGGUCGGUUUGUCGCAGACAAAAAUAGGACGUUGUAUUUGCUGGAUGUGCGAGACCCGGAGGAGUAUGCUGCUAAUCACCCGCGGGGCUUUGACAAUGCGCCCGGCGGGCAAUUGGUGCAGGCCACGGACGAAUGGGUGGGUGUUCGAGGGGGUCGGAUUGUGUUGUACGAUACAGACGGUGUGCGAGCAAGGAUGACGGCCAGCUGGCUGGUACAGCUCGGAUGGGAGGUAUAUGUGCUGGACGAGCGGAGUCCAGUACCAACGAGCCUUCCGACGAAACGCACGUUAUGGCAUUCUUCAAACUCUGCAGGUGCUGCGAUUACGAUCGACGAGCUUCAAAGCCGAGCUGGUGCCACGGUCGUCGAUCUCGCCCGCAGCACGGCCUACGUCAAGGGCCAUAUCCCCGGUGCAUGGUUUGCUUCUGGACCCGAACUCGCGCGAGACCUGAGAACUGUCGUCGGGGAUGGGCCCAUCGUCCUGACCUCGCCAGAUGGCGACGUUGCCGCUAUGAAUCUUGACGAUGCCCGCAACGCAGUCUCGCGAGAAGUGUUGUAUUUGUCCGGAGGCACAGCGGCCUGGGUAGCAGCUGGCUAUCCGCUCGAGACCGAGUCGCGGUGGCUUUCGCAGCCAAUCGAUGUAUACAAGCGGCCGUAUGAGGGGACGAGUAAUGCUAGGAAGGAUAUGCAGGGGUAUCUGGACUGGGAGUAUGGGCUUAUUGCGCAGUUGGCGAAUGAUGGGGUUGCUGGAUUCCAUGUUAUGAGGGAUACAGUAUAAGAGACUUAAUCUAUUUGACGUCUGGCAUGACGGCCUGUGGACUGCUUGGGAUAUUAAUAACGCAUCGUGUGUACAGUAUAGAGAAAUGUCCAACAGUA